GUCCAUUGUCAGUCACUAGCUAAACGCGGUGCUGGGUGGACGCUCUCUUACCUCGCUCCCGUCCUUGGUUCGCCAGCCCGACCUUCCUGCCACUUGAGUCCGGGAAGGAAAACAAGCGUGCAAGUCGCUACGUGAAGGCUUUUCUGUGUGAAUUACUGCUUUCCUGAAUCGUCAAGGGGUUGCAGGUUCAGUGCUAGAGGAACCGUGCGCUGUGAGUGAAGAAGGAAGACAGGCUAAAGGAGAGACGCUACCUGGCUUCUCAUUCAGUCAGCCACUAAGUCACUCUGUCACCGCUACCCUAUAGAAAGUGGACGUCCCGUUACCUCCGCUUGGCCUAUAUUAGUGUGCGGAGGCGGUGAAAGAAAGCGAGAGAGAUUGAAUACGCAUAAAACUAAGGUAAUACACUGAUCCAAAUCCACGGAAACAACAGACCUCCACUCAAGUUCGACCCUGCAUGGCUUGGAGAUUCCAUACCCAAGUUCUGUUCGCUACGACAUUGCAAAGGCACCAAACGCAGUCUUCCCAGCCAGCAGUGAGGACCAGAAGGUUUAGGGGACGCUUUUGGAGUUAAUAUCGUAUCAGUGAGAGCUUAUUUGGGACCGUUGUGUGGAUGUGCAUCGAGAUGAAGGCCUCUGUGCAAAUGCCUCUCAGUGAUGUGAUGCGGGAACCAGAGACAGCCGUGUACCACCCUAAGGGGAAGGACACGCAAGAUAUGACGCUCCUCAGGCUCUUCCUCUUCCUUCAGGUUGCCGGUGAGCGAAAGGCCGAGAUUGAAGCGCUUCUGCAGGGCGCCACACGAAGCAAGUCUCUGCGGUCCGAGGAGGAGCAGGAUCCCCCGGCGCCUCGCACCAAGCGACACUCGCUCACCAAGCGGUGGAGGAAAUUGCCUAAGAAGAAGUCCACAGAAGAGGAUGACUCGUCCCUCAGAUCUUGCUCCACCUCCUCAACCCCUUCCUCCAACAAUUCCUCUAUCAAGUCCAGCAGCAGCACCAGCUCCCCACCCAGCCAGAACAGCUCGUUGCUCAGCGCCCCGGAGUCCCCUGCUACGUCCAAUGGCCACGCACACAGCCCCGGAGAGGAUAAUGACGCCCUGUACAUCAAGGAAGCACUUCCGGCAGACAUCAACGAGGCCGCCGAUAUGUCCAUGCUGCAGCGAUUGGCUCUGAAUGCACUCAAUCUCGCGGCGCCAGCGUCAUCGGUGCUGCUGAAGGAGCGUCGUAACAGUUGGGUGCAGCUGUCUGGUCACCCAGGGUCUCUGGCGCCAGCAGGACCCGGCACCAUCUGGAAGAAGCGAGGACCUGAGCUGGAGACCAAAGCUUAUCAGGCUCUCAUGAACGACUCCGCCAGGGAGAUUACCCCGACAUUCUUCAGGGAAAUCGUCUACAAAGAUGAAUACUUUAUUGAAAUGCAGGACUUACUGUAUGACUUCCACAAUCCGUGUGUGAUGGACAUCAAGAUGGGCACCCGCACCUUCCUGGAGUCUGAGGUCUCCAACACCAAGGCACGCACAGACCUCUAUGAGAAGAUGAUCAAAGUGGAUGCCUCUGCACCCACUAGUGAUGAACACCAGAACCGAGCUGUCACUAAGCUUCGCUAUAUGGACUUCAGGGACAACAUGAGCUCCUCCAGGUCCCUUGGCUUCAGGAUUGAGGCUCUCAAGAUGGCCGGUAAGGAAGCAGUGACAGAGCUGCAGACAGUGAGGAGCCGUGAGCAGGUGAUCAGUACCAUGAGCGGCUUCCUGAGGCGGCGGGAGGACACCAAACGACAAGUGGUGGCUCGUCUCCAGCACCUCAGGAACGUUUUUGCUAACUCACCCUUCUUCCAGAAACGUGAGGUAAUUGGAAGCAGCAUACUGAUUAUCUAUGAUGAUGAGAAGGCUGGAGUGUGGAUGAUUGACUUUGCAAAGACUGUGCCUGUGCCAGAGGAUAUCUCUAUCACCCACCGCAAGCCAUGGAAGCUCGGUAACCACGAGGAGGGUUACCUCACAGGCAUCGACAAUCUCAUCAAGGUUGUGGAAGAAGUGCCCAUGUCUAAAACCAAAAGACUCGGUCUGUUCCAUAAAUCUUGAGUAGAAGCAAUGGAGUAACCGUGAGGACUUUGUUUUCCCACAACUGCUCCAGGCCGGUCCACUGGCAGCUUUGAGGGCCAUUGUGCUCCGGCUCGGAAAGGGCGGAGCAGUUCUGUUGCUGACUCAGUGGGUGAUCCUUGGGUUACUUGAGUGACUCCACAUUCUGGAAAAAGAUUGUGUACAUGUAAGGACACUCAUUGUUUUCUCUUAUCCUUUAUUGAAGUGUAAUCUAUCAUAUACUAAUUGUUAUUUAUCUCAUAAAUUAUCAUUCUUGUAGUUGCAGACGAAAUUGUUAUUUCUUUAAGAGUUUAAUCUAUUUUGAAAAACCAAUAUGCAUUUGGUUUGAUGUUGUUUAUAUUAUUGAGUGUUAAUGUGUUAUGUAUUAUUGAACUUGUAAGACCCCAUGAAGUGGAGCUGCUCUGAAGGAUUUGGAAAUCAGCUGCAUGAGGCAAGCUCAUUUUCAUUUUGGGAAAGUGGCUUUUGUGCUGAGCUGCAGCAUCAAGUAAAAUUUUAUGAUCUGUGUCAGGUUGCAGAAUGCCUUGCACUAACCUAUUUGUAUCUUGAUGCUCAGUAAGCUUUAGUGAUGCUGUGGUAUUUAAUGAUACUUGUUGUGUUGAGUUCUCUGAAUACACAGACACCAAAGAGCUUGUAGGGACCUUUUGGAGACUUUCCACAUGCAUGUGUGUGUGUGUGGAGCCUUGCACCUCACAGCCCGGAGACGGGAGGGUCAGCUUAGGUAGUGUUGUGAAUGGGAUGUGGGUCAUUAAUGUAUUGACUGGCUUGCAGUUAGGCUUAUGACAAGCCUUUGGCAUGGCCUAUAUUAACAGCUGAUAUAUUCAAGAGUGUUAUUUGUAUUCCUCUCUCUCUUAUACUGUGAUAUAUAUUCAGUGGGUAUGUGGCUUAUGUCAGGCCAUUAAAGGAUAGUAACCUUUCUUUUCAUAGCAAAGUAAAGUUUCAAUUUCCAAAUGACUAUUUUCCUCUUUAUUUAAUUUUAUUUUCAACACACUACUUGCAUGGCUCCUGCCUGGCCCUGACACUAGGGGUGGCAUGGAUAGCCCUGAGUGGAAGCAUUCCUGGUAGUAGUGUAUUAAGUUUUUGUUUUGACCAACUCUACCUCCUCGACUCUUCAUCACUUGUUGUAAGGAAGAUUCAUGACAGUGUUACUAAGGGAGACAAACAGUCAUUCACCUGUCAUGUAAGGCUUUGUAAAUAUGCACUCAUAUCUGUCAUUGAAGUGAGUGGAGUGUUUUGCAGCAGGUGGGUGGCUGUCUGGUGCUUGUCUGAGUGCAGAGUGGCUACAUAAUACUGUGGUUGUGUUACAGAUGAACGAGCAUAUGGUGGUUGUUUAAUAUAUGAGUGUAUUCCUCAGUCCUAUGAUGGGUGAUUGACUUUAAAAGCACACUCGAGAAGCAAGCUCAUAAUUCAUCAAGCUAGUCUCUUCAAUGCUAUACCAAAACAAGCAAAAGUGAACUGUGCUUUCUGAUGUUACAGUAUUAGCUUCAUUUUCAUUCAUGUCUCCUUGAUUGGGUGUGUUUGUGUGUGUGUUUUUGUGUGUAAAUGAAUGAGAUAACAAAGCGUUUGGCAAGCGUAGCUACUGAGGAAUGCUCCCACAUCACACACACACACACACACACACACACACACACACACACACACACACACACACACACACACUUCAUCCCUUUACCAGUGGAUGCAUCGUUUGAUAAAUCUCACACUGUACCAGAUGCGGGAACACGGCUCAGGGCGCAGAAGAUGGGAGACAAGGAAGUACAGUUCACACCAUGUUCUCGCUUUGUUCUUGAGCCUCCCUAUAUGAUAAUCUCACCCGACAUACAUCAAUCACCUCCCUAGUACAAACUGGCUUGGACAUAAUGCAGGGAAGAACUGUUAUCUAUCUUUAUUAUUCAUUUUCAUAAGUGUAAAGGCUGUCUUGGUGUAUGCCACUUAGGGACUACCAAUUAUUUUCUCUCAUGAAGUUUCCAUCACUAUAGAUUAUUGAUGCAAUUGGUUUAUUCUUUUUGUUGUUCUCUCUGCCUCGAUGAAUGUGUCUGUUUGUAUCUAUGUAAUAUAGAAGAAAUAUUGUACUAUAUAUGUUUAUUUAUUUUCGCAUCAUGUACUACGUCUACUCAUCAAGACAAUAUUGACCUUUUUUGUAAAUCUUUAUAAUCUAGUCCAAAUGUUUAUACUACAUAGAGAAAAUACAAACAAAUUGUUAAU